CUGUAGUACUAUUGGUGAAUUCGUUUCCUAUCGAGGAAGUUAUCGUUUCGAGUAGUGAUUCAACGCGCUUAAGCAUUUACAGUGAAUAAUAUCAUUAUCGAUAGAGAAGCUUCAUAUAAUGUGAUGAACAUAAACACAAAAGAAGGGCUCAUUUGAGACGAGGGAGCGGACCGGAGACUCCACCAUGGCAGGCGACGAAGUUCGACAGAGGAAAGGAGGUGGCCGCAAGAAGUCCAAAAAGGGGAAAGGGAAGGGGCAGGGUGCUUUGGAUCGGGCUGGCAGUCUAGAUGAGCAAAAUGACCUGCUGUUGCCGCCUCCCAUCAUACCACCUAAAAAGCCUGCGGAGGAGAGGAUCAAAACGGCCCAGGCUAAGAUAGAGGAUGAGUCGGCCAUUUCUAUCUGCCUGCAGGUGCUGAUCCCAUACCUGCUGGCUGGGAUGGGGAUGGUGAUGGCAGGUAUGGUGCUGGACAGUGUGCAGCAUUGGGAUGUGUUUAAGGUGAUCACAGAGGUGUUCAUCCUGGUACCUGCUCUGGUCGGACUCAAGGGAAACCUGGAGAUGACUCUAGCAUCUCGUCUCUCUACUGCUGCUAACACUGGACAGAUGGACGACCCCAAACAGCAGUGGGUGAUGGUGACCUGUAAUCUUGCUCUUAUUCAGAUUCAGGCCACUGUGGUGGGCUUCCUGGCUGCUCUGGCGGCCGUAGGGCUUGGCGCUCUGUCCAGAGGGGGUGUAGAGCUGGACCAGGCGGCUGUCCUGUGUGCUAGCAGUGUUACCACCGCAUUCGUGGCCGCGCUGUCCUUAGGUCUGGUGAUGAUUGGUGUGGUCAUUGGCUCCAGGAAGGUGGGCAUCAACCCUGAUAAUGUGGCCACCCCGAUAGCAGCCAGUCUGGGAGAUCUCAUCACUCUUUCUCUAUUGGCUGGAGUCAGCACCACAUUGUUCCAGUACAGAGAUGUGUGGUAUUUGUCCCCGUUGGUGUGUGUCUUCUUCCUGCUGCUCAUUCCUCUCUGGGUGCUCAUCGCUAGACGGAGUCCUCAGAUUAAAGAGGUUCUGAAGUCCGGCUGGCAGCCUGUUAUACUAGCCAUGUCCAUCAGCAGUUUCGGAGGCCUUAUUCUUGAUAAGACUGUGAGCGAUCCUAACUUUGAGGGCAUGGCGGUCUUCACACCAGUCAUAAACGGGGUGGGGGGGAAUCUGGUGGCCAUCCAGGCCAGUCGGAUCUCCACCUACCUUCAUUUCUUGAGCGUACCUGGAGUCCUGCCCUAUAAGAUGAGACAGCACUGGCCCAACCCCUGUGUCACAUUCUUCUCCUCAGGAGUGAACUCAAAGUCAGCACGGGUGCUGUUCCUCCUGGUGGUUCCAGGUCAUCUCUUGUUUCUUUUCGCCAUCAAUAUGCUUCAAGGAGGUCACGCUGCCAUCACUCCAGCAUUCACCUGCUGCUACCUGAGUGCUGCUCUACUUCAGGUCGGGAUCCUCAUUUAUACGGCAGACUUGAUUGUGCGUUUGAUGUGGAGGAAAGGUCUGGACCCUGAUAACUUCUCCAUCCCAUACCUCACUGCACUGGGAGACCUGUUGGGUACGGGUUUCCUGGCCCUGUGUUUCCGUCUGGUCAUGUUAGUGGAGGGGCACGGCUUAUAAAAUAUUAGACCUCCUCCUCCUCCAGUUACAGCUCUCUGUUCACGGGACCUUUGCCACCCAGGCUGGCUGCAGUGGCUUUGGAGAUUCA